UCAUUGCUAUUUUCACGUUCUCACGUUGCCCUGCCCCGCCCACAAAACAUAAAAAUGUAAACAAUGAAAGAGAGGUCUCAUUAUGUAUUUCAAGUAGAUUUGCUUGUUUUAUAAUAAUUAAUAUAAUACGCAAUAAUACGAGAACAUGGACCCGAGGGUGAUGGAUACGACAGGAGAAUCCAACUUUGAUGAUGAUGACACACACAUUUGUCUGAAAUGUCAAAAUACUAUAAUUGGAUUGGAAAAUUAUGUCCUUCAUCGACGCUCAAAAUGCACAACUAUAUCGGCCUCAACUAGCAAGGACAUAGACAGAGAAACCGUGCCGAGCGUAGCUGUUGUGGAGAACGCGGCGGACGCGCAACUUCCCAGUGCAUUGGACUUUUUCAGUUCUCUCGAGCUGAUGAGCAAAACACGUCUCGAUGAAUUCGACAUCGACUUUGACAUUCCUAAUCUUCCUAAGACCAGCCUGGAACUCUCGGCCAAAACCAACAACUUUCUACGAAUUACAGAUUUGGAACUCGAGUCAAACUUCAGCAUUGACAUUGGAGACAUCAACAAAGUUCGUAGAGGAAACUUUGAUUCAUUGGCCGACCUCAGUCUUAUGCAAGAAGACGGCAUCAUUGGGAUCGACCGGGGCCGAUCCAUCUUGGAUUCUGAUAUUUUUUCCUCGGCCUCUAUCGAAAAAUUACCUCCCAUCCCUGAGGAGAUUCCAGUUCAGCCUGCGGCAAAAAUUCCACACCCACCCUUCCAGUCUUCCGGAAAGUGGAUGCCAGGAAAAAUGUCUGAGCAUCUCAAGUCAGGAAGCACCAUUCAUUACUUUUGCCGAACUUGCAAUCGGCGUCUUUCGAGCAGGACUUUGUACGAAAAGCAUUUACGGAGCGAGCUGCAUUUUAAGAGGAAGACUGAAAACUGCAUUUAUGAGAUGGAGGACGAAUUUUUAGCGCCGUCUGCAAGGCAGAAAAGAGGAGGGCGGACUGUGGUAGAGAGCAAAGCUGCGGACUCAGGAAAAAGUGCCAACUUGAAGCCCUGCGAAAAAAUACCUGGGCCAAAUAAAAAAUAUACUUUUUGUGAAAUUUGCAGCAUCAAGGUUCCUUCCUUGCUGUUCGGAAAGCACCUCCUCUCCCACUAUCAUUACAUCAAAGGCUGCCAGAAUCCUCAGCUGUCGAAGGAGUUGGUCCUGAGCAACAUUGACAAAGUCGUCAAGCACUUCUCUUUCCAGUGUCUGUUGUGCCACUUUUAUUGCAACAUGAUGGACGAUUUUCUGCUCCACUUCAGCUCCGAUAUUCAUUGCAAGAAAAACGAAAAGGCUGAGGGAAAGUUUUGCUGCCAGCAAUGCAAAUUUGAAGAAUCCGCAGCGGAAAGUAUUGAAAACCACCUUCGAACCGAAGAACACCAACAGGUUGUUGCGGCCCUCAAUCAGUCGGUGCCUAUCGUCAUCAAAAAAAGGUCAACACCCUUCAAGUGCAACAUCUGCGAGUCAAAAUUCAGCCUCAACAUACAAUUGAGAUUUCACAUGUCUAAGAAACACGGCAUAACCACUGCACCUCUCCACACCUUUUGUUGCAAGUUCUGCAAGUUUUCCUGCAACAAACAAAGAUCACUUCAGCGGCACGUCAUUGGCAAACACAAGAAGAAGGGGCGCAGAAAGCAGCAACUUGAUUCGACAGGCGAGUUUUUCUGUGGUCUCUGUGAUGAAACUUUUCACAGCAAGGAUGAAGCAGUUUUGCACAGAAGAAAACUGCAGUGCAGAGAGAAACGUGCCCUUGCAAAUGGCUUCAACACAACUCAACUGUGUCGGAUUUGCCAAGGAGUGUUUGAAAAUUUAUUCGAGUAUAAAAAGCACAUUUUGGAGCUUCACCCUGGAGCAUUGCACAGGUGUCAAAUCAAAAUUGCAACAUGUGUUUUGCCAUUUCGCAAGACCUUUCGCGGCAUUCAAGGGAGUGCAAAGCUUCUUUCAAGUCUGCACCAAAAGGAAAGUCAAAAUUUUUCUGCACAUCCUGCCAAAAAUCAUUCACAAGGAUCAGGAAUCUUGUUUAUCAUAUUAGGAACAUUCACCAAGCUGAGACUGAAAUUAAGAAGCGAACUCUGCGGUGUCACCAUUGCAAUUUUGCCUCAUUAAAGAAGUCUAGACUUUUGCAACACAUAAUAGCAAUCCACCUGAGCCAUUUACGCAGUCGGGACUGGCUGUGCGAGAUCUGUGACAGAGCGUUCUAUCAAAAAGCUCACUUGAAAUUACACAGACCCAUUCAUUUUCCUAAAAAAUUGAAGUGCAUUUCUGUGGGGUGCAGUUUUGAAGCAAGCCAUCCGUCGGUUCUCAAGAGGCACAACGAAAAGGUUCACAGCAAGGAAAGAGAUACUUCUCAACGCGUGCAUAUAAAACCUGUACUUUUAAAGCCAAGUUAAAAAGUGGUUUAAUAAUUUUGAAUAUUUUUAUGGCAUGGUUCCAAUAAAAUUUCUAUUACCAAGU